AUGCCACCAAGAGAAUAUGACGCUAAACAAUUUCUCUGCUCAGCGCCAGCUGCCGGGACCGAAGAAGUGGAAUUCGUCAAUGAAAAUGAAGCUGUUGUCAGUGCCUAUGGAGCAGACGAUAUCGAUGGCCGUUCUUCCCUAUUCCAUGUAGCGUCACCGAGAGGGGACCAGCACCGUCGAGGAGAAAACUUACCGCCAGACCAAAGAGCAGAUGCCCCCAAAUGUCCGACAUAUGAGGAAUACAGCAAUGCUGGUCAGACUGAAUUUGUGAGCUUCGAAGAACCCUCAAAAGGUGCUGUGCUGCUCGAACCCAGCCUCACAGCUCGCUUUGAUGAGCCAGACGAAUUGCAGCAAAGGGUAUCGACCCAGCUCGAACAAAAGCAUCGGGAGAAAUCACCAGAGCUCAAGUUUCCAACUUUCCAGAAGAUUACAAAUUUUGAUACAUUCAGACCUAGGCCGCGUUCCCAUUUCUCAAGUGAUGCGAUGUCGGUGUGGCCAUUGAGAAGCAUUGAGGAAUCCCGUCUCUUGCAGCACUUUAUUCAAAAUCUGGCUCCAUGGUUUGAUGUUGGCGACAGCAAGAGACACUUCACAAAAGUUGCACCGAGCAUGGGGGCCUACAGUCCUUUACUCAUGAACGCCAUCCUUGCGGUAUCAGCACUGCAUUUGAGCCGCGUCUCCGACCUGGACACUUAUGAAGCAGUUCGCUACCAUGAUAGAUGCUUGGGACUGAUGGUGCCAUUGCUCAACGAUCCUGACCGCGUCAAAGAUGACAAUCUUCUCAUGACAACUGUCAUCCUACAUCUCUACGAAGACAUAAACAUCGGUGCUGAUUCCGUGCGCCACAUUAUGGCAACAUCGGCCUUCCUUCCUGCAUGCGGCGGUCGCCUCUCAACCCAACUGCGCAGAGCAGUCUUCUGGCUGCAUCUACGUAAUGAGAUCUAUGUUGCCUGUAGCCAUCAACGCACGGUCCAGGCAGAUCUGGAAAACUGCACAUUCGAAUCCUUAGAUACUUCUCUUGAUAAUGAUUUGUGGCUUCAUAGGGCACUAUGGAUCUGCGCACAGACGUUGCAGUGGGCUUACGGAGACGAUCCUACUCCUGCCAAAUGGCGGGAACUUUGUCAACUAAUAGACGAGUGGUCGGACAAACGCCCCAGCAGCUUCGACCCUCUCUUUUUCAAGCCGCGCGAUCCAAGCCACAAUCUUUGGUUCCCCGAGGCGACUUUUGCCACUGAUGAGCAUGUCGUUGCGGCCCACUUCCUCUAUCUAGCAAAGCUUCUCUUGACAGCGCACGACCCAAACAUUCCACGGAUCGGACCUCAGAUGAAGUCUGCUCUGGCAGAGAUGAAUGAAACUGCUCUUUCAUACGUGCGGAUGCUGUGCGGUAUCGCGCUCUGUAACAGCUUCGUACCAGCCAGAUUCACUGCCAGUCUUGCCAUCAUCAUGUGUGGCAGUUGGUUUACUCACCGGCCUGAACAGGAGGUACUGAUUGAUUUCAUGCAAGGUACCGAGCAAUGUAGUGGCUGGCCAAGGAAACAAGCACAGAAGGCACUGAUCGAAGAUUGGAUCUACCGCGUCAGCCAAACAUCAUCCAGACUUUCAGGAGACAUUGUGAGGCGUGCCAGGUUUGGUGACCAGACUGGCGGGACUAAAAAUGGGGUUCAUAACCUUCUUCACGAGUUGCAAGGUUUGAUCCUCUCGUCUGCGAGUGUACGAAACGAUAACCGCGCACCCUCACGCCUAUCGCAUGUCUCCCGAAACACGGUGGAGAACGCGAAACAAUAUCCGCGCACCACUGCCACGAGGCAACAUCUACAAAAACAUUCCAAGGACCUCACAUGCCGACUCGCAACCCAAAAAGUCAAGUCAACCGUCGCAGAUCUCCAGGUCAUAACACUCUCUGAAGGAUCGUUUGUUCUUGCAACUCCACUCGCCGCUCCUGGACUUAACGCAGAGGGAUUGAGCAGACGGGGUAAUGGUGCCAAAAUCCCUUGCGGCAAUGCGCCGAACAUAAUUGCCGGAAACCCCGUCACCGCCGCCGAUAUAGUCGUCCCUAGUCAAGACGAAGGGCCUCCGCUAGCGACUACAGACCCGUCGGGUUAUUUUCCCUACGUCUGGUGCGGCGCAGGUACAUCCACCUAUGUCUUCAUCGACCCCAUUGGUUCCUACGGCUACAACAAGGGUACCGACGGUCCCAUCUUCUGGAGCGGCCUCGACGGCGCCUACAACGCAACGCAGAACACCAUGAAAUCCCGCGCCGCCACAGGGAUAAACCCGCCAAUGGGCGACGGCUCCAUCGACAGCCCGCACAGCACAUCGCUGACAUUGCUGGUACCCAUCGGGAAUGUCACCGGCGGAGACUCUGGAGUCCAAUGGGUGGAAGUCUUUGCGCAGGAUAGUAACCACCAGAAACUGACCUGGGGCAUCUACGGGGCUGCUUUGACCAUUAUGAAGGAUUUCGUUUUGAGCUUCCCCUUGUACGCCGAUGCGUCGUACUUUCAGAUCAACGAUGGCAAGUGGGGUACGGUGGGGAACGGGUAUGUGGGGAUCGGGCUUCAUACCAACACGACGAACUGUUACCUCAAGGGAAACCCCACGCAGAAUACCGGCGUCAUCUGUGGUAUGCCUAGCGAUUACCCUAAUAACUAG